GCUUGUAUCGACUCGCCCAGAAUGGCGUCUAAACUAAUUUCCGUUUUAUUUGUGUUUAUUUUUUGCAAUGCCAACGCAUCCAUACAAGCACCUAAACUGAAGUUGAACGAUGGCGGAGAGAUUCCCGCCAUAGCGCUCGGCACAUGGCUUGGGAAUAACACUCAGGGCCGGAUCCAGCCGUCAGCCCAGGGCACCGAAGUGGAGGUGGCCGUGAGGUGGGCUCUGGAGGCUGGCUACAGACACAUCGACACCGCCUGGGUGUACAAGACCGAGAGGCAGGUGGGGCAAGGGGUGAAGGUCUCUGGAGUACCGCGUGAGGAAGUGUUCAUUACUACCAAGCUCUGGAAUGACCAGCACGCCCGCGACGCGGUGGUGCCGGCUCUUCGGGAAUCCCUGAAGAAUCUCCAGAUGGACUACGUCGACCUGUUCCUCAUCCACUGGCCAUGCGGGCAGUUCGCCAACCAGUCGUACGAUUUAACCGACAGCUUGGAGACGUGGCGCGGCAUGAUGGAGGCCAAGCGGCUCGGCCUCGCCAAGUCCAUCGGCCUGUCCAACUUCAACCAGCAGCAGAUCCAGCGCGUCGUUGACGCGGGACUGGACAAACCCGCGGCCUUGCAGAUCGAGGUAAACCUGAACCUGCAGCAGCCAGAGCUGUUGGCGUACUGCCGCGCGCAGGACAUCGCGGUGAUGGGCUACACGCCCUUCGGCUCGCUGUUCUACAACAAGGCGUCGAAGGCCGCGCCCGCGCCGCGCAGCGACGACCCCGCGCUCGUCGCCAUCGCGGACAAGUACAACAAGACAGUGCCGCAGAUCAACCUGCGCUACUUGGUGGAAUUGGGCGUUAUCCCACUCCCCAAAUCUCUGACCAAGAAGCGCAUCGAACAGAACCUGGACAUUUUCGACUUCCAGCUGACGGCCGAGGAGCGCAAGACGCUGCAGAGCUUCGACAAAGGGUACAGGACAAUCCCGCAGCACAAGUGGCUUGACCACCCUUACUACCCCUUCGAGAAGAACUGAUUUUUUAUAAUGUACUGAUUUAAUAAAACUCAGGUUUUCUAGCAGAAA